UACACCAAGAUCCACAUCCUCACUCCUCAGAACCGUACAGGAAUCCAGCUUUGGUGACUGUAAGUUUCACCCUGGCCUUUUGGUUAGGAAGGACUUAGUAAGUCCCGAGUGAUUGGCCAUACCUAUGCAACCACUUCCAUAGGUCCUGAUUUAGACUGUAUUUUUUUUUCAUUAUUUCUGCAUGCCUAUGUGUGUGGUGUGCACACAUGUGAGUGUGUGUUUGCAUUUGUGUAGGCACACAUAUAUUCGAGGAUAUAUGUGUUUGGUGGUCCAAGGUUAACAUCUAGUAUCUUCUUUGAUUGUUCUCUACCUUAUAUAUUGAGAUGUGGUCUCUAGCUAACCCAAAAAUUCACCUAGUCUAGCUAGUUUGUUCUAGAGAUCCUAUGUCUGUGCCACCGUUUGUUGGGAUGAUAGGCCACCCACCUCACCCACCCAGCCUUUACAUGGCUCCCAAGGUUCUUUAUUCCAUUUGGACUCUUCAAGCAGAAACACCAGAGUGGCUUGACGGGGAGAACCACACUGGUGAGAUAGACUGCUUACUGCACAAAGCCCCAUUGUUCUAUGGUUCUGUGGCUUAACUAUCUUCACCCUUUCAGGGUUGGCUGGGUUCAGCUAACAGUUCUUACGUGGGCUCUCUAGCAUAUGGUAGUCAAAUAGUGGCUGCCCACUGGUCUGGAGUCCAGCCUGGCUUCUCCCACCUACUGUUUGACUCUUGGUGUUGACUGCUGGCUGGGGUUGAAUGCUCAGAGCCUCUGCAGCUGGGCACUCGAAGGAGGAGUCUUCCAAUUCAGUGCGUGAAGACAGGAAGCAGCAGUGGGCUUUUCCCGGCUCCCCCUGCCUAUAUCACUCUGGCCAACCACGCCACUGAUACUCAGAUUCACAGACUACACUUGACACGAGCGUCUUGACACUUGACACUUGACACGAGCGUCUGGGCAGAGGGAUUCAGAGUGGCCAUCUUUGGAGUCUGUCCUCCACACUGGGUUAUGGCAAUGUGGCUCCCAAGACCCCAGCUGGGCGCCUCUUCUGUGUCUUCUACGGCCUCUUCGGGGUGCCGCUGUGCCUGACAUGGAUCAGUGCCCUGGGCAAGUUCUUCGGGGGACGUGCAAAGAGGUUGGGCCAGUUUCUUACCAGGAGAGGAGUGAGCCUGAGGAAGGCUCAGAUCACGUGUACAGCCAUCUUCAUCGUGUGGGGUGUCCUGGUCCAUCUGGUGAUCCCGCCCUUUGUGUUCAUGGUGACAGAAGAAUGGAACUACAUUGAGGGCCUCUACUAUUCCUUCAUCACCAUCUCCACCAUUGGCUUUGGGGACUUUGUGGCCGGUGUGAACCCCAGUGCCAACUACCACGCCCUAUACCGAUACUUUGUGGAGCUUUGGAUCUACCUGGGGCUGGCUUGGCUGUCCCUCUUUGUCAACUGGAAGGUGAGCAUGUUUGUGGAAGUACACAAAGCCAUUAAAAAGAGGCGGCGGCGGCGCAAGGAAUCCUUUGAGAGCUCUCCACACUCCCGGAAGGCCCUACAGAUGGCUGGAAGUACAGCAUCCAAGGACGUCAACAUCUUCAGCUUCCUAUCCAAAAAGGAGGAGACCUACAAUGACCUCAUCAAACAGAUUGGGAAGAAGGCAAUGAAAACAAGUGGGGGAGGGGAGAGGGUCCCAGGACCUGGACACGGGCUGGGACCUCAAGGGGAUAGACUACCCACCAUCCCUGCAUCCCUGGCACCUUUGGUGGUCUAUUCCAAGAAUCGGGUGCCCAGCUUGGAAGAGGUAUCUCAGACUCUAAAAAACAAGGGACAUGUGUCAAGGCCACUUGGUGAGGAGGCUGGGGCACAGGCCCCCAAGGAUAGUUACCAAACCUCUGAAGUGUUUAUUAACCAACUGGACCGUAUCAGUGAGGAGGGAGAGCCGUGGGAAGCCCUGGACUACCACCCGCUCAUCUUCCAAAAUGCCAACAUUACCUUUGAAAAUGAAGAAACCGGCCUCUCAGACGAGGAGACCUCUAAGUCUUCUGUGGAGGACAACCUGACCUCAAAGGAGCAGCCUGAACAGGGACCCAUGGCUGAGGCACCCUUGAGCAGCACGGGUGAAUUCCCUUCAUCCGAUGAGUCCACCUUCACCAGCACCGAGUCAGAGCUCUCCGUGCCUUACGAGCAGCUGAUGAACGAAUACAACAAGGCAGAUAACCCCAGGGGCACGUGAGGUGGGCCUGGCUCCCCACUUGCUUUCCAGUGGCUUCCUCUCACGAGGAUUGUCCUGUGAUGGCCAGACCCCAGGGAGAAGGCUCUGGAAAUGAGAUGGGGAGCCAGGGACCUGCCUUUCCUUCUGUCCUCUCCACUUGGUUGCUUCCAUGGGAUGUGGUGUUGGCCCAGGACAGGCCUCCGUUCUGUGGCCCAGUAGGGAGGCUGCUGUCCUGGGCCUGCCCGGCAGGUGUAUUGCUGAUUCAGGCACGUAGGCCGCAACACUCACCCUGGAGGUCCUGGGUUUGCUGCUUGUGUCUUCCCCCAUCACUCGGUUGACUGUUGUACGGUUCUCUGAGGCCAGGAGCUUCAGCUGAGUUCACCAGUGUUAAUGGGCAACGCCCUUGUGCCUUGCACUAAGCUAGACAUUUGGAAGGAGGAGCUCAUAAGACCCAGGUUUGGCAUGUGGUUCUCGGGUGUUCUGGGAAAGCACAGAUAUGAUGGGGUUUGGGGCCUCUCAGUACCCCAGCAGUAGCAGGACCUGCUUGCCCAAGUAGGCAUCACUGCCCAGCAAGCCCCUUACUGCAAACCUCAGGGCAGGGGAUGUAGGGGAGAGCUAUGUGUGUCCUCUGUGUGGAGUCAUGCCCACCUCAGAUUCCCUCUGAACAACAACAGCAGGCCAAAGGGUCCCUGUGCCCCGAAAGUGCAGAAGAAAGAUGGAGCCUCCGGAUGUGGUCAGGGAGCUCAGAGAUGAGGUGCAGGCCCCUCAGCCCCAGCCUAGGCACCCAUACUCCCAGCCCACCGUCUCAUUUCAGAGAGAUUCUCUCACUGCCUCUCCCUCCUCUCUUAGUGGGGGCCAAAUUGUUCUUGGCUCAUAGAACUGUGAAUUGAGCCCCCCCCUCCAGCCACUAUAUGGUAUUAGCAUGUGUAACUGCCAAUCAAUGGGCAUGCGUGUGCACAUUUGGGCUGGGGAGAAAAGAAAAUGUGAAUCUUACUGGUCCAGUUCCUAGCGAGGUCUGGGAACUAGCUGCUGUAUAUGUCCUUGAUGCUCAGCCCACUCUGGCCUAAAUGCUUUUUGUUAUUAAUAUUUUUUAAUGAACUGUUAUUUUUAUACCCAGAGCCAGUAAAGAACAGGGUCCCUGCCAUUAGAAUGGAGGUCUGUCAGGCACUCUGUUGUCCUUCCAACUCAGCUUGUCCUUUGUCAAGCCAAGGUCUAGCUACGGAGGGGCAGGCGCAGGUCUCGGGUGAGGGGCAGCUGAUAACCUGCCUCAGCCCCUUCCCCUGCUGUGUGCAUUUGCGGAGGGGCAUAUAGGGCCAGAGCCCCCACACGUUAGGACAGUGAGAGGUGUGUAUCCAUACCUCCACCAUUAUCAAAGCGGUUGUAGAGGCCACAGCAGCCUCGGUGGGGGGAAGAGCCAGGCUCCUGUGAGAGGACCUCAGCUGAAUGUCCUGGCGGCACACCAACCACGCUGUGUGCAUGUGCCGAUGGUGAAGGCAGAUGUAAUUUAUUUUAACAUUUUUUUACAAUAAAACACAUGAACAAGCCCA